UCUUACUGCAACUUCCUAAGAAGUCGUCUUGUCGUAUACUAGGUCAAUCACUAGCAAUUUUGCCUACAUCGUCUUCCCAGUUUGGGCUGUAUAUACAUGUUUGAAGCCAGCUGAAGCCAACGAGACCAAACAGCAACAUGUCUAUCCAAAAUGGUUGUGUCAACGUCAACAAGGUCGACCGCAAGCUCGCUGCACUCACACUCCCAUCCUCUGCAACAACACUAUGCGAAUUCGUGGGAAGACGCCCUUACAUUGGGCGGUAGAUAGCGGACACCGAGCCGUUGCGCUGCUUUUGCUAGAGAGGGGGUCAGACAUCGAGGCCAGGGAUAAAUGCGAUGAAACCCCACUGCUUAUAGCUUGUCGGAGGGAUGAUGAGGAAAUGGCUGGGUUUUUCCUGGAUUAGGGAGCCAACAUAGAUGCCAAGGCCUCGGGUUAGAUGGCUUUGACACCCCUUGGGUUUGUAGUGCAACGGGGGAUGCUCACCAUGAUGCAAUCUUUGUUGGAUCGGGGCGCGACUCCAGUGUGUGCCUGUCGAUUCGAUAGAAUCGUAUCAUGGUGUUAGAUUUGAGGGGUUUGAGGCCGCUUUGGCAUUGUUCCGGGAUGUUUUGGAAGCGCGGAAGUUGGAUAUUGACAAAUGAGCCUCGCGGUACAUGAAUAAUAUGUUUGAUUGCUGGAGUAUUAG